CACGUCGCGCCAGGCACUAAUACGUAACGUAGUCGCGCACCCAGCACGCCCAGCUAGCUACCUAUCAUCUUAGCUAUAUCGACGCCGACGCUGACAAAAGCGCCGGCCGGCAGGCGGCAGCCAUGCUGCAACGCGGCGUCGUCAGCCACGCCUCUGCUGCGAACCAGCAGCUGCGGGCGCAGGCCGCGGAGCUGGAGCGGCAGUUCGACGUGUACAAGCUGCGGCUCGCCGAGAAGAGGAGGGACGCCGCCGCUGCCGCCGCCGCCGCCCUGGUGGUGGUGGAUCAUGAUCCUCCUAACAUCGGCGUCGAAGACGGCAGCGACGGCAGGGGCGCUGAGAAGGAGGACGAUGAGGUGGGGAGGGGUCGGAGGUACGACGCGUACGUGCGGAGGAGGGACGAGAAGCUGCGGCAGGGCUGGCUGGCGCGCAUGGAGCGCAAGGAGGCCGAGGUCAAGGCGCUCUGGGCGCGACUCGACCAACCCCGCCGCCCGCUGCACUCCGCGGACCUCACCGCCCCCGCGGCCAGAGAGGUAAAGCCCCGGAACACUGACAAACCGAUCUCCCCUGCCCGGCCAAGAUGCACCCCGUCCCCGGCAAUGAAGCUCCCACGUCUCAAGAGCACCACGACGCCAUCCUCUUCACCGGCGGCGGCGGCGGCCAGCCCGAGGCUAUCAUCCAGCCGGCGAGUCGCGCCGCACCCGGAGCCACAGCCACCCGCCACGCCCCGGAAGGAGAACAGGAUGUCACCGCCGUCCACCACGACGACGCCGAGGCAGCAACUCAAGACCCUCUCGCGGACCCGGAGCUCCUUCGUCAAGGACGGCAAGGAAGAACGCGGCGGCGGCAGCGGCAGCAGAGGCUCCUCCUACGCCGUAGCAGGCAGGGAGAGCCCGCGGCCGCCACGUGUCCAGCCCCCGCGGGCCAGCUACGACGGCGGCAGGAAACAGGCCGCUGCUCCCGAGCCGCUCCGCCUGAGGAGAUCACGUGCCUCGUCGCCGUUGGUGGCUCCCCGACAGGAGCAAGUCGAUUUCUUCGCCAGACUUCAGGAAAACAACGCCCGCAACAAGGACGCUGAAAAAGCGAAGAACACGGGUGCAGACGGCAAUGGUGGCAACGAUGAGAUGGCGAAACCUGAUGAUACGCCGCCCGGCGAUGCCGCGGCGAUCACCGGCGACUCCGACACGGAGCCGAGCUACGUGUACGUCAAGAAAGACGGCCAAGCGAAGGGCUUUUGCGCAGACCUCGGCGAGACCUUCGAGGACACCAUGGCAUCAUCAUCACCAUCAUCAUCUGAGGCGGAGACUGACAAGACCGUCAAAGAAGAAAGCCCGGCGAUUAACGGCGGCGGAGAAGCAGGGUCGUCGUCCCGGGGGGAGAGCUCCUCGGAGUCGCUGUACUCGAACGUGCAGUCGUCCUUCUCCCACGGGUCGGAGCUCGCCGCCGACUCGCCGCUCCGGGCUCUGUCCACCGAGCAGCUGCUGGAGGCCGACGCCGCGAUGCUAAGGAAGAAACGGCACGACGAGGAAGACGACGAAGCCGAGCAGAGCAUAGUGAUCCUGCCGACCACCGGGAAGAGCGGCGGCGUUCCUGUCGUCGCCGGGACUCAAUCGCCGAUGGUGGACGCGGUGGCAGGGGGGAUCAAGAGGUUCCUCACCUUCGGCAAGAAGAACGCCCCCGCCCCCGCCCCCGCCGUUGUCAUCGUCGAGCGGGCGCCGCCUCCGGCAGGGGAUGAUGACAUUGUAAACCAAGGAUGGGAUUCAGCUGAUUCGAUUAAGCCGGAGAUCAGCUGCUCGUACGCCGUCUCCGACGAUGAUCUGGACAAGAGCUACGUCAUCUCUCCGCAUGGCGCAGUUCGGUCCCUCCAAAGCUUCCCGCCCUCGUCUCCUACGAGACCGGAGCUGAAGGAGACGACGACGCCGCCACCGGCUGCGAGAUCACCGAAAGUGCAUCGGUCCUUUUUCUCGUUCUCGACCUUCAAGAACAGAGGGAACUGAUGGUGAUGGAAGCCGGACAUCGGUGCGAAAUUGCUGCCAUGUAAAAUUCAGCUGGUUACAUUUUACAGUAUUAAUUCUGGGUCCUUUGUGUUGUCGAUCCAUCUGGAUAAGUUGAUGGAUUUCCGGUGUACAUGUUACCGAUGUUAAUGAAUCUAUACCUCAGAUCAUGAUUGGGUAUAAAUAGUACUCCCAUUUGUCCUAGAACACAUGA